CCGGAGGGGGCGGGCCCAGGCCUCGGCGGGAACGCGGGGCGGUGCCCUCGGUGGGCGCGCUUGGUGUGGUGUGAGCGCCGUUCAGCAGGCCUUAAGUGCGAGUAUGUAGGCAGCAGCACUGUUGGGCGAACAAGUACAGCUGUGAGAAUACGAGCGACUUUAAUUAGAAUAACUCUUACCACUACAGCUACUAAUUGCACCCAGGAAAGAUGGAGCCUUCCUUUCCCUUCACGUCAUGUCUGCACCAAGCAAACCAAGCACUGAGAGGCUGUAAAGCAGAGCCGAAGCCCAGAGUUGCUCCGUGCCCAUUUAGAUGUGCCGCUCCUUCCACUGCUAUCACGUUUUGGCCCAUCAGUCUUUUUAGUAAUCGUGCUUUUAAGCUACAGCUGGUGCUCAGCUACCAGCCCUGCAGGCUGGCUGUCCCACAGCUGCCUUCACAGCCUAUGGUGUACCGCUCUGUGUGCUCUGCAGUCUGGUGGCUGCACCUGCCUGCUUACCAGCCCUGCUUCUCCAUAGCCCAUCUGAGCGGCUGCAGCAGUGAGCUUUCUUUUCCUUCAAGCCUGCCCAGGCUUACUUUGCUAUACCCAUCCAGCAAUAGCAGGGGGACAAGAAGCGAAGACCGGCUCCAUCUCUUUGUACGUGGCACAUACGAGGAUGAAACGGGAGGUAAUGGAAAACAGGCGACAGAUUUGAAUGUGUAUAUGGCAAGGAAGUGAGUGAGAGGCCAAAACAAUUAACCAUGCAAGGGUUGGUAAGAGACCUGCCCCAAAACUGGUUCCAAUCUGCUCACAAGCUGGGUUUGGGCUGCUCGAGGGGUCACAGGGCCAGCAGCAUCUCACCCCUUGCAAAACACGAGCAAUGCGGGUCAGGCCCUGCCUCGACACCCCUGAGUGUGGGAGGACGAGGAGGAUGAACGUAUGAAGCUUGUGAAAGUGGGAGUGAAAUCAGUUCUCCUAAAAGUAAACCUCACCCUUGCUGAGAGUUCAGGUUGAAUUGUUGCGUUCAUUUCCUCCAGGCGCAGGGCAGCAAGUGUAGCACACUUCCCCUCUCACACGCUUGUUCUGCACCUUCCCAGUCCAGCACUCAAGCACUCUUUUCCCGUAUGCUGGCCCAUACCACAGGGGUGGGAUGAGUCAUAGGCUUUUCUUGGAUCUACAGCCAAAUUGCUGCUAGAAAUACACAGAAUUGGGCAAUGAGCAGGGUUGGCUGGAAGAAUUCCCACCUAAGAAGGGUCAGGCAUUUCUACAGCAUUCACUGAUGCUCUUCAUACUGAGGAUUCUCAGGCAUUAUAACGCAUUGUCACUACAUAUUAGCUCUUAACUUUGGUCAUCAUACAUUCAAGAAAAUCCAUCCUUAACACCUUCAUCCUAAGUGAGCAGUGGACAUGCAGCGCCACGGGGCUGAUGCUGUAUGGUCAGCACUGGCAACUACAGCCUGUGUUACCAGCAAGUGUGAUGCUCUUUUGCUGGGCAGCUGAGUACAGCUACACUUAUGUGGUCUCACUGUACUAAUGUGACCACGUCCAGGUUUCAAGAAGGGUAGUACUGAAGUUUUAGUGUGUUUCUCAGCUUUGGCUGCAGCACCAGUGGGGGUCUCCUCAUGCUCUAUUUCAUGUUGUCAUCUCAGGGCAGCCUCUCUCUACCACAGCCUCCUGCUUCCAGCCAAACCCAAUCUUCGCAACCUCAGAGUGAGACUGGGCAGCCACCCUCAGCCUCCCACGGCUGUUAUCAACCAGCAGAUGAGCUACCAAGGAAAGACUGCCGCCUGUCUACAUAAACAGCCUGUUCUGAUCCGCACAUCAAACCCCGAGUUAAGAGCAACUGCUGCAGUGCAAAUCCCACAGCUGAGGCUUAGGGGGCAGUUUGAUGUCCGAGGUGCACUGCAGCAGCAGCACCCUGCACAGAACGCCUCCCAGCCCAGCCGUGCUGGGCUCUGCACUGCACCUCCGUAGGCCGGAACAAAGGUUACGCAUUUCAGUAGAGUUCCCUGACCUGCUGCACUGCUACAGGACUGCAUUGGUGUACACCCUGCACACAAACAGCUGCUGGAGGGGGCUGAGCUCUGCAGCAACAGCGUUCUCCCUAGCAGGGAUCGCACCAAACCCUCGCGCUGCAAGUGAGAAAAAGACACCGCCACAAAAACCCAACACAACCACAGGAGAUUUAAUCACCACCCCCCCAUUUCCAACAGAAAGCAGGUGCUGUACAGGAGGGCAUUUUAAUUUCCUCCUGAUAUCUGUAACAGGAAUCCACGCAGCGGAUGGCUUUCCGAAGUUACGGCGCUCUCUCGGCCGGGUUUGCACACAGCAGAUCGGCAGCUCUCUGCGCUCCUCCGACAGCAACAGCAGGAGCGUGCAGCCCCCUAGCGCCCGCUGCCGGCGUGUCCCCGUGCCCCAUAGAGCAGUCCCUGCAGCCAGAGCUCCAUGGGGCCUUUUUCUGAUUUGGGGGCUUUCAGGCACCCCCGACUUGUGGGGUUUGGGAGCUCUCCUCUCUGCCCCCCCGCUGACCCGGCUCCUGUCCUCCCUGGGGAAUUGUGACCUUACUGACCCCAUACAGGCAGGGUUGCAGCCCCUACACGAGAUCAGCCCUUUACCACACCCACAAGAGCCUCAGCCAACUUUUGAGGCCCUUUUCCCCCUAUACCUCCACUUCCCUCCAUCUUCUGCUCCUGGAGGCUCUCUGAAGACCCCAAAUGCUCCCCUGGGAGGAAGGCAACAAGAAACCACCAGGGCUGCCCACAGUGACCUUUACCUGCUGGCAGCAGGUGCCCGCCAUCUGCCCUCCCCGUCUCCUAUUAGCAGACCCAAAGGAGGCUCAAACUCUGAUGUCCUCCAACUGCUGGCGGAGCCCAGCAUCCUCUUUCCUUGCCUCAGCCCACAUUUUAAGGACAUUCUCCUGUUUUUCCUCUAGCCAACGUGGCUGGAGGGUAACACAGCCCUUUGUGGGCACGUGAACCUCAUCUCACCUGUUUGCUGCAGGUGGAAGGAAUCAUCAUAGUGUGUUGUGCUGGGAUACUGCUGGUUCACUGCUGAGCAGGGACCUCAGAGGGCCCUCCCAGCUCUGUGUCCUGGAGGCUCAGUGGAGCACCAUAUGGCAUCCCCAAGGCUCUGUGCCGUGUGUUGGGGCAACUGCAGCAGAGACCUUUGUGUCACCUCCAUCCUGCCAACAUGCAACACAGGACUGUCCUGUGGGGUGGAUGGGACAAGUCGGGCACCCCACAGGAUACUGAGUAGGAUUCACUCCCUACAUGUGCAACCCCUGUUUGCCUGGAAAGGCCUGAAAACCCCCAACAGUUGAUGUGUUUUCCUUCCAUGCACAGAUGAUUCACUGCACUUUCCUCUGUAAACAGUGGGUGGAUCCCCGCUGGAUUUCCGGGAGCAGUGUUGCCCCAGUUCCUGGUCUGGGGAGUUGCAGCCCAGCACCACCAAGCGCCCGCAUCCACUGCCCCAUGCAAUACUUACAGUGCUAAGAGCACGCCAGCACUCGCUCCCGCUGUCCCCCAGGUGUAAGAAAAGAAUGCCAUUUGCAAAGAGCAGUGCUGGCUGAGCCCCAAGCCUUUAUAUCGUGUUGAUUGCAGCGCUAGCUAUAAGGAUUUGCCUAGCGAUGCUGACAUUUCCCUUGGCGUUCCUUUUUGGAUGUUUGUGAGCAUGGAAUGCUGUGGGAACAGGCAUGUUGCCUGCCCCUAACCCAGCUGUGGGACCAGGGCUCAGCACCCAAAAUCCCACUGUGAGGCUGCUGGGAUGAAGGGUCCUUCUGACCCCAGCCACAGGCUCAGUGGGGUGUUGCCACUAGAGUCAGGUGCAGGAGCUGAGAGCUGGCACAUGGGGCUCUGGAUGGGUCCCAGAUCUGAACCUGUUCUAGAACCCAUCCUGCUUGGCCACACAAAACUCCCGACCCUGAUGAGGCUCCUUUCAAGCAGGAACACGGCUUUCUCUAUCGGGGAAAAUACCAGCCUGGGGCUCACAGCCCUUCCCAGCAGGGCUGGAGGGAAAACAGGAACCUGGAGGGGAAACACAACCCAAGAAACUCCCUUCCCACCGAUCGUGCUUCCAGUGCAGCAAGCGUGAGGAGGCUGCUCGUUUCCUCCAUCCUGAGUCCCCCCGCUCAUUUCCAUUUCUCCCCAUCCUGUAGGCUCACGAAAUGUCACCCAGAUUCUAUCUGUGUGGCCAAAAGGUAUCUAAGGAUGUGAAAAUGUGACAUGGGGCAGAAGUGGCUCCUCAGGUGGAGGGGAGCUGAGCCCAGAGGGCUGCAAUAUGAGCAGAGCUCUUGCUGUGCAGGGUCCUUGAAGCGGAGAUGCUGGCUGCAUUAGGGAUCUGUGUGGUAAAUGGAUGGAGCCCUUGGCUCCAUCUCACACACUCAGGUGCAAAGCAGCCGCCGGAGCCCAGCCGCCAGCAGCUCGGUAAUCUCAGCCCUGCAGCCUUCCGGGUGCUUCCUGCCCUGAAACACACACAGCCCCCAAAAGCACAAACACUUGGCAGAUGUUAGCAGAGCACACGGGCACUCACAGUCCAGGCAGAAAGGAUCACUGAUAUGGCCUUCCAUCCAUAUACCCUUUUCCCAUAUUGAUGUAUUUGCCCAUUGCCGUAGGAGGACAGGGAGCAUCGGCUCAGCCCCUGCCAGUGCCCCACUCUCACUUCCAACUCAGAGGGGAGCCCCAGGGGGCCUGACAUCACGUCUGAGCAGAACAGUGGCGCCCAGUGGUGCGAGGGGGACAGGACAGCAGCAGGACAGCAGCCAACGUCACCUUGUUGAAAAGAAGUCCUUGCAGCCCUAUGUGCUUAGCUGGCCAAAGUCAGCAGUGGCUGCAGGCUCCGGGCACAUCUGUGGGGCUGGAGGUGUCCCAAGGGGUGCUGCUGGGUUAAAAGGUGCACCCAUGCCCACUGCAACAAUCAGUACAGGGCUCUGCAGGCCGAGGCCAGGCACAGCUCACCGUGUGUGGGUGACUUGGGCGCCAGCCCCCAGGCUGGGGGCAGUGGGAGAGGAGGUGGCUGGCCCAAGGCUGGGUGAUGCUAAGGCCCAUCUGAGUCCCAGAGGGGAUACCGCAUCCCCAAAUGCACAGCUGAGCAUUUCCUGAGCAGUGCCAGGGAGGCAACGCUCAGCCAGGGCAGGAGAAGCCCCUCAGCCCCACAGCACUGGGGAUUCCCGGCCGUGCCCAAGGGAGCAGUCCCUGUUCCCACAUCUGCCCUUUUCCCGUGUGUCAGAGCCUCCUGGAGACCACAUCUCCGCACAGCUGCCCCCCUAGCACGGGGAUGCCGGUUGCUCCCUCCCACGGCUUCCCCUUUUCUCAGAAAGCCUGGAAACCAAAGGUGAAAGAAGUGGGUGGGAACCCCGCACGCUGCCGUCCAGGAAGAGAAGUGAGUAAGUCGGCUGCAGUAUUUAACGGUGCCUGCGCCGCACGGCUCACAGUCCUGCUGCCAGAGAGACAGAGCCGGGAGCUGCCGAUGGAGAUGCGGCCGCAUGGGGCAACGGGAAGCCAGCGAGGACUGGCUGCUUGGCUU